AUGUCAUUCACUGGUGGUAGAGAUCAACAAUUCAACAGAUCAAAUUACAACUCUCGUGGGGGUGAUUUCCGUGGUCAAAGAUCAUCUGAUCAAAACUCCUACAACCAUCAAUCUAACGGUCGUGGUUACCAAUCUGGUGGUCGUGGUGGUAUGCGUGGGGGUUCCUCAUUCAACGGUCCUCAAGAACUAAUUAAACCAAAUUGGGAACAAGAAUUACCAAAUUUACCAACUUUUGAAAAAAAUUUCUACGUCGAACAUGAAACUGUUAGAAAUAGAUCAGAUGCUGAAGUUGCUGAAUUCCGUAAGAAAAAUGAAAUGACUAUUUCCGGUCAUGAUAUCCCCAAACCAAUUACUUCAUUCGAUGAAGCUGGGUUCCCUGAUUACGUCUUAAAGGAAGUGAAAGCUGAAGGUUUUGAUGCUCCAACUGGUAUUCAAUGUCAAGGUUGGCCAAUGGCUCUUUCUGGUAGAGAUAUGAUUGGUGUUGCUGCUACUGGUUCUGGUAAGACUUUAUCUUAUUGUUUGCCUGGUAUUGUUCAUAUUAAUGCUCAACCUUUAUUGAGUCCAGGUGAUGGUCCAAUUGUUUUGGUUUUGGCUCCAACAAGAGAACUAGCUGUUCAAAUUCAAAAGGAAUGCUCUAAAUUUGGUCAUUCUUCUAGAAUUAGAAACACUUGUGUCUAUGGUGGUGUUCCUCGUGGUCAACAAAUCAGAGAUUUAUCUAGAGGUUCUGAAAUCGUUAUUGCUACUCCAGGUAGAUUGAUUGAUAUGUUAGAAAUCGGUAAAACUAACUUGAAAAGAGUUACGUAUUUGGUCUUAGAUGAAGCUGAUAGAAUGUUAGAUAUGGGGUUCGAACCUCAAAUUAGAAAAAUUGUUGACCAAAUUAGACCUGAUAGACAAACUUUAAUGUGGUCCGCUACUUGGCCAAAGGAAGUUCAACAAUUGGCUAGUGAUUAUUUGAAUGAUCCAAUUCAAGUUCAAGUCGGUUCUUUGGAAUUAUCUGCUUCUCAUAAUAUUGCCCAAUUGGUUGAAGUUCUUUCUGAAUUUGAAAAGAGAGACCGUUUAUUGAAACAUUUAGAAACCGCCUCUGAAGAUAAAGAAUCUAAGAUUUUAAUUUUUGCUUCUACAAAGAGAAUGUGUGAUGAGAUUACUAAAAUGUUAAGAGAAGAUGGGUGGCCCGCUCUUGCCAUUCAUGGUGACAAAGAUCAAAGAGAACGUGAUUGGGUUUUAGGAGAAUUUAGAGCUGGUAAUUCUCCUAUUAUGGUUGCAACUGAUGUUGCAGCUAGAGGUAUCGAUGUCAAAGGUAUUAACUUUGUUAUUAACUAUGAUAUGCCAGGUAACAUUGAAGAUUAUGUUCAUAGAAUUGGUAGAACUGGUAGAGCAGGUGCCAAGGGUACUGCUAUUUCUUUCUUCACUGAAGAUAACAAGAGUUUAGGUGCUUCAUUGAUUUCCAUUAUGAGAGAAGCUAAUCAAAACAUUCCACCUGAAUUAUUGAAAUAUGAUAGAAGAGCUCGUGGUCCACAUCCAAGAUAUGGUGGUGGUGGAUAUGGUGGCCGUGGUGGCCGUGGUGGUUACGGUAGAGGUCGUGGCGGUUAUGGUGGUGGUCGCGGUGGUAACGGUGGUGGUUACAACAACAGAUCAAGAGAUAGUGGUUGGCAAAGAAAUGGUGGUGGUGGAGGUAACAGAUGGUAA